AUGACCCAUUCCUCGGACCCCAGCCCAGAGGCUGAGCGAGCACGUCCCCGCCAGGCCUGGCCUGUGACCCCCAUGGAAGGAACAAUGCAGUUACUGAGUCGAGAGGGCCACAGCGUGGCCCACAACUCCAAGCGGCACUACCACGAUGCCUUCGUGGCCAUGAGCCGCAUGAGGCAGCGCGGCCUCCUGUGUGACAUCGUCCUGCACGUGGCCACCAAGGAGAUCCGUGCCCACAAGGUUGUGCUAGCCUCCUGUAGCCCCUACUUCCAUGCCAUGUUCACAAACGAGAUGAGUGAGAGCCGCCAGACACACGUCACACUGCACGACAUCGACCCGCAGGCCCUGGACCAGCUGGUGCAGUUUGCGUACACAGCUGAGAUUGUGGUGGGCGAGGGCAAUGUGCAGACGCUGCUCCCUGCUGCCAGCCUGCUGCAGCUGAAUGGCGUCCGCGAUGCCUGCUGCAAGUUCCUGCUGAGUCAGCUUGACCCGUCCAACUGCCUGGGCAUCCGGGGUUUUGCCGACACGCACUCCUGCAGUGACCUGCUCAAGGCGGCGCACAGGUAUGUGCUGCAGCACUUCGUGGACGUGGCCAAGACCGAGGAGUUCAUGCUGCUGCCUCUGAAGCAGGUGCUGGAGCUGGUCUCUAGUGACAGCCUGAACGUACCCUCCGAGGAGGACGUCUACCGGGCCGUCCUGAGCUGGGUCAAGCAUGACGUGGACGCUCGGAGGCAGCACGUCCCGAGGCUGAUGAAGUGCGUGCGGCUGCCCCUGCUGAGCCGAGACUUCCUGCUGGGCCACGUGGACGCCGAGGGCCUGGUGCGGCACCACCCCGACUGCAAGGACCUGCUCAUCGAGGCCCUCAAGUUCCACCUGCUGCCCGAGCAAAGGGGCAUCCUGGGCACCAGCCGCACAAGGCCACGCCGCUGCGAGGGCGCUGGCCCAGUGCUCUUUGCUGUGGGUGGCGGGAGUCUGUUUGCCAUCCACGGGGACUGCGAGGCCUACGACACACGUACUGACCGCUGGCAUGUGGUGGCUUCCAUGUCUACGCGCAGGGCCCGGGUGGGAGUGGCGGCCAUCAGCAACCGGCUAUAUGCUGUGGGCGGCUACGACGGGACCUCAGACUUGGCCACCGUGGAAUCGUAUGACCCUGUCACCAACACAUGGCAGCCUGAGGUGUCCAUGGGCACGAGGCGCAGCUGCUUGGGUGUGGCCCCCCUACACGGAUUACUCUACGCGACUGGUGGCUACGAUGGGGCCUCCUGCCUCAACAGUGCUGAGCGUUAUGACCCCCUGACGGGAGCAUGGACCUCCAUCGCUGCCAUGAGUACCCGGAGGCGCUACGUACGCGUGGCUACACUCGACGGGAACCUGUACGCUGUGGGCGGCUAUGACAGCUCGUCACAUCUGGCUACCGUGGAGAAAUACGAGCCCCAAGUGAAUGCGUGGACGCCUGUGGCCUCCAUGCUGAGCCGGCGCAGCUCGGCUGGUGUGGCUGUGCUGGAGGGCGCACUCUACGUGGCCGGAGGCAAUGAUGGCACAAGCUGCCUCAACUCGGUGGAGAGAUUCAGCCCCAAAGCCAGCGCCUGGGAGAGUGUGGCCCCCAUGAACAUUCGCAGGAGUACACAUGACCUGGUGGCCAUGGACGGCUGGCUGUAUGCUGUGGGGGGCAAUGACGGCAGCUCCAGCCUCAACUCCAUCGAGAAGUACAACCCCCGGACCAACAAGUGGGUGGCCGCAUCCUGCAUGUUCACGCGCCGCAGCAGCGUGGGCGUGGCCGUGCUGGAGCUGCUCAAUUUCCCUCCGCCCUCCUCGCCCACCCUGUCCGUGUCCUCCACCAGCCUCUGACCCGCCGGGGCCGUGCGCGCCCCGCCCACAUGCCUUAAGCCCCACCCCGGGCGGCCUCAGCUCCUCCCUCCCCCUUACGAUUUGAGGCAGGGUCCUCAGCCCGUCCACCAGGGACGCUGGGCACCUUGAGCCGCAUCUGUGUCUGUGUGUGCGUCCCUGUGUUAAUUUAUUCACGCGCGCCUUUAUUUAUUCACUUAUUUAUUGCCCAGCAAGCACCGCCACCGCUCCCAUUUGUCUGUGUAUCCUCCAAGUGUUUGGGACCCGUGGCUGUAGGACCACGCUGCCCUCCCCAGGGGGCCUGCGGUCCACGCCCGCCCUUGGGCGCAGCAGUGGUGGGGAGGACACCCACACUGCCCCCUGGAGGCGCAGCCAGCCUUGGGGAGAGGGUGAAGGGUGGGGGGUGGCUCCGUCUCCCCUGAGCAGGUGUAGACCCCCACCUGUGUGCCAAGCCCCUCUUUCCGUGUCCAUGUCCCGCUCCUGGGCCUGCACUUGAGUGGGGCCGUGUGCACGCCUCUGCACUGCGCGUGCGCAGACCCAAUGUAGCAAUACGUACCGGCUCCCGUAAUAAAUUCGUCUCUUGGCCCCA